AUGGCCGGCGAGAUGCCUGACGGAUUCGGGAUGCCCGGCGGCCCCGGCGCUGGCGGGAUGCCCCCCGGGCUCGCGCAGAUGAUGGCGGGCGCGGGCGGCCCCGGCGGCGCGCCUUUCGACAUGAGCAAGAUAAAAGAGAUGCUCGAGGAUCCCGCCAUCAAGGACAUGGCGAAGCAGAUCGCGGAGGACCCCUCGUUUAAGACGAUGGCGGAGAACAUGCAGAGCGCGAUGGCGAACGGCGGCAUGCCCGGCAUGCUCGGCGGCGCGGGCGGCGCGGCCGCCGCUGGCCCGAUGGGGAUGCCGCCGGGCCUGGACCCCGCCGCCGCGAUGGAGGCGAUGCAGGGCGUGAUGCAGAACCCCGCGUUCAUGCAGAUGGCGGAGAAGCUCGGGAAGUCGAUGAUGGCGGACCCAGCGAUGGCGAACAUGAUGUCGCAGAUGCAGGACCCGGAGACCACGGAGAAGAUGAAGGCGAAGAUGGAGGCGCUCAAGGAAGAUCCAGAGAUGGCGGACAUCAUGAAGGAGAUCGAGUCGGGAGGGCCCGCGGCGAUGAUGAAGUACUGGAACGACCCGAAAGUCCUCCAGAAGAUCUCCGGCGCGAUGGGCGACGUCAUGCCCGGCUUCGGCGGCGCCGCCGCGCCCCCCGCCGCGCCCGCGGAGGAGGAGGAGGAGGAGGAGGAGGAGGAGGAGGACGGCGAGGAGACGGUGCACACCGCCGCGAGCGCGGGGGAGGCGGAGACACUCCAGGAGCUCAUCGACGGCGGUGCCGACGUCAACGCGACCGACGGCGAAGGUCGCACGGCGCUUCACUUCGCGUGCGGGUACGGCGAGAUCAAGUGCGCGACGAUCUUGUGCGACGCCAAGGCGGACGUGAACGCGGUGGAUAAGAACAAGAACACUCCGUUGCACUACGCCGCGGGAUACGGCAACGGCGAGGUGGUCAAGCUCCUCGUCGACGCCGGCGCGAGCGUGACGCUGCGUAACUUGGACGGGAAGUCCCCGCUCGACGUCGCGAAGCUGAACGAUCAGGACGAGGUCGUCGCCGCGCUCGAGGCGGACGUGUUCCUUUGAUUUGAACGCGCGCGUUUGUCGCGGCGGUUCGAAUCGUUCGUUGUCUCGCGAAGACAGACAUUGUCAAUAACCUUACGUACGGAAAGAAAACACGCACUACU